AACAUCAACAUCGUAUAUAAGCCCCGCGCGUAUGACUGCGUAGCAUUAGUUAGCAAAUCACCGGUGAAUGAGUUUGUGCGAAUUGUUACUAUUACAAUACAUUGGUUUAUUAAUUUUGCCGACAAGUCUAUUAUUGAGUGCAGGAUUUUCUGGAACUAUUUGAAAUGGGUUUUAAAUUUGUACUGCUCCUUUUCAUCAGUGUCUACGCGUCCGCCACCACAGCAUUACCAUCCUGCGUGUGUACGCGAGAAUUGAUUCCCAUCUGCGGCUCGGACGAAGUAACCUAUGCCAACCAGUGUCAGUUCGACUGUGCCAAAACAAAAAACCCAGACUUGACUCUGGUGAAAACGGGUUAUUGUAACCGCGAGCCACUACACGAUUCAUGCAUCUGCACGCUGGAAUACAAGCCUGUAUGCGGUACUGAUGGUAGCACAUACCCGAAUAGUUGCGAUCUUGGUUGCGCACAAAGUAAAGGCAAAAGCGUUGAAAUCAAACACGCUGGUCAGUGUGAAGAAGCGCAGGUAGCACAGAUUAGAGGUUGCGUAUGCACAAGGGAAAAGAGACCGCAAUGUGGCAGCGAUGGUGUUACAUACUCCAACCCGUGCACGCUGAAUUGCGCGGCUGGAAAGACUGGGGUAACGUUAGCUUAUGAAGGCGCUUGUGAAAAUAAAAGUUUGCCAAUUUCUAUGUUAUUCCCCCACUUAAGGAACAAGAGGUCUCAGCCUAACAAUUGCGUCUGCACCAGGAAUCUUAAACCUGUUUGUGGUGUUAACGGCGUAACUUACAACAAUCCAUGCCUGCUUGAAUGUGCCGGACAAGAAAUGGCGAAGAGUGGGCGUUGUUAAUUAGCCACAAGAACAAUCGUAAAUACAUUAAAAUUGUUGUAAAGAUUACUGUUACUGCUUUGUUUCUGACCAUUUUGUAAAUUUAAAACUUUUAUUUCUUCUAAACCCGGAUUUUCAUGUUACUAGCGUGCUCAAACCGAGACACGCGAUCCGAGUGCACUCGGACAUCUCGUCAUCCGAUAAUUGACUAGGACAGUGUUCGUUUUUUAUGACGUGACUCGCAUAAAGUUGACAAAACAAAAAACGUUAAGUGAAAAGAUCAAAGUCAUCUUGAAAACUCAUGCAUUGUAGUUAUUCGUCCUAGAUUGAAUUGCAAUGAUGCAAAGGAUACAAAUGAUACUCGUACGAUAUUGAACUCAUAAUGUGUCUACGACAUUCCGAGUGCACUUCUCUAGAACCUUACUCACAUUUAAACCCGGCUUUUGACCACCAGCAAAUCAGAAUGAAAAUUUACUUGUCAGAAACGACACAAUAAAGUUUAAAUGCGUUAUUUGAAAUUUUCAAAAGAUUGCAGCCCGCCAAAUUUAAUGAUUUAAACAUUAUAAGUAAUAAGUAUAAUCAAGCUCAAUUGUUACGUUACACCAUAUUAAAAUACGCAGUACGAAAUGUAUAUCGAAAUAUAAGUCAAUGAUUAGCAUAGUAUAUGACGUAAAUAUACAUAUAUGUAUAUAUGCACAUUUUUUAAAUACGUUUGAUUGUCAUUUACAUACAAUACAUAAAUAAAACUGCGUUCUAGGCAAUUCGUUCAUUACUUUGUAAGCUUAUAAAGUAAUACUAACGCUAAUUUUUAUUUGUAAUCAUUGCCUUCUCGAAUAUUUCGGUAGCUACUACUGCUACAGUAGAGAUCCAUGUGAAAGUACUACCAUCCAGGGAAGUACUACCCUACCCUACCAUCUGACC